UGCAGGACAGGGGCAACCUUGGAGAUCCCUGUGGCUUUGCUUCAGCACGUCUCCUUCUCGAGGUCUCUCCUUGAGGACUGAGAGAAUUCACUUUCACAUACAUGAGCGCAAGGAGGACCCUCUUUGGAGUUUUCUCCUUUUCUUUUAUUGAUUUUGCUAGACAACAGACGUCCCUGUAUAGAAGCCAGUCGAUCACCCUAGUGUCAUCACCCUGCCUGCUCGCUGGGCAGGGUAACGCCUCAGGUCACCACCCUCUCCAGCCUGCCUUGGGCUUGGAGAGUGAGGAGGAGGGAGAGGGACAUCUGCUGACCCUGAACAUCCGCCAUCCAUCAUACCAUCACCUACAGCAAGAUGGCCAGGCUCCUGAGGAUCUUCAGGAAGAAGGCUCUGCAGGUGGCUCCAGAGCCUGAGGGAAGCAGCUGCCAUCUUCCCAAGGGGCAGAGCAACCUCUCCGUCCCCGCUGGCGGGGAAGCAAUCUUCUGGCGAACAAAACCAGUUCCCGGCGCAGGCGCUGAGCUGGGAGAGGCCCCGACUAGGCCCAGAUGGAGCUGGCUCAGGAUGCGGUUUCACAGACAGGACCCAGCCCAGGAGGGGCGCCGGGCAGGGAGGCUCUGGGGCUUGUUGUGUGGGCAGUAGCGGCCCCAGGAGCCCAGCUCUCCUUCCCAGCGGGAGGCAUCGCCCUGCCCAGCCACUGAGGAUCUUCCAGCCCCCUCAGGCCAGGAGGUGGAAGAUCCCUGUCCCAGCACCAGCAGCUCAGCAUGGGACAGCAGCAGCGCCUGGGACUCUGGCAGCAGCAACGCUGAUGGACGCUGCUGCUUUGUUCCAGGGACCCCCAGGGAUUCAGAGGAGGAGGAAUGGGUGGACAUGUCCACAGAUGAAGCUGCUCUCAAGGUCAUCAGAGAGCAGCACCAGUGUAGAGAAAAGGAUGUGGGUCAGUAGCUCAUGUUCCUGCAGGCCAUCUACCCCCCGUGUUUUGCUGCACAGGAGAGAGGGCAUGACACGCUGGGGCCGUGCUGCUGCAAGGUGGCUGUGGAGGAGAGGAUUGUGGAGCUCCUUGAGGACCUUCCUAAAGACUCUCCACCCAGCGCCAUCCUCGCCAACUCCCUGGUUGCAGUGGGCAACCUCAGCACCAUGAAACCUGCCCUUGAGCCUGACCUAGAGACCCACCUCUUGCGAGCUGCCCUUCGCUCUGUCUUCACCCUGGGCAUGGAGAAGGACACCAACAUCCAGCUAUGUCCUUCUCCUCCAUCCUCCUCCUCUUCCAGAGUGGUCCUUGGUCCCUGCUGCCUUGAUUCGCUGGAGCUCCAGAUUUAGGGGUGGGGUAAGCAGAGAUGGAACAAGCUGCAGGGUUGGAUCCUUCCCUCCAGAGGAUUACCCCUCCCUGGGGGAUUUCUUUUUUUCUUAUGCCGUGUUUUGCCCAUCAGCCCAGCUUCCAUCCAUAGUAACUUGGUUUCAGGGUAGCAGCCGUUUUAGUCUGUAUCCGCAAAAAGAACAGGAGUACUUGUGGAGUGGAAAUCCAUCAACUUCAUGAAAAAACUCGUACAGAUACAGACAGACAUCAUCUUCCUUUCCAAAUGCAAACAGAUGGACAUCAUACCAAAAGGACUAAAGAUAUCAGCAGAGUUCCCUAGGAUGGGUCACCACGUGGCACAGCUGGCUCUGUUUGUUAGUGACCCAGACAAGGACAUCGGCCAGCAGGCCAGGGAGGGGACUUACCGGCUGCACCAGCUGCUGCUCCAACAGAGGGGGCUGACCAUACACGAGGCAGAAGAUCUGUGGUGCCAUGACUGGCACCGGGACAGCAGGCUCUUGGGCUAUAAGAACACAGCCAGGGUGGAGGAGGUCUUUGGAAAAUUCUUCUCUGAGGGGCAGAGAAAAUACUUCCUCCAGACAGCAAUGCUGGCAAUCCAUGACCCCCUGCUGCAUAUCAGCCAGGCUGGGCUGCUCCUCACAUACUCCAUCCUGGGGGAAGCCCAGCAGCUGAUGGGGGACAAGCUGGAGGAUGUCAUAGCCAAGGUGAUGUGCCAGCUCCGCAUAAUCCAGCACUUGCACCAAGUGUCCGAGGCAUUGCAAGGGCUGCGCCUCAUCUGAUGCCCUUAAAGGUUCCCCUCCCAUAUUCAGCAGCUCCCACUCCCUGCUGCAGCAAGACGCUCCCCAGUGAUGUCCUCAAACCUGUUCUCCUGGGAGUGUUUCUGGGAGGAGGCUCCCGUCCCUCAGUCUCCAACUCUAUCGUGCAGUCUCAUUCACAGAACAUCUCCGCUCUCCAGCUCCACUUCCCGCAGCAGGACAAACAAACCUUCAGCUCCUAGAGACCUGACUCUGACCUCCUUCUGAUCAGCAAUGGGGUUUCACCAUCCCCUCAACAAACCUGUCAGCCUCUGAAUGGUGAAUUGUCAGAGUCACCAGAACCAGCAAAACUCCAACUGAAGCCAGUCAAGCCUUUGUGAACUUAGCCCCUCUGGAAACCAGGUCUGAAUUUGAGAGGUCUGAACUCAUGAACUCCUAGACUUUAAGGUCAGAAGGGACCAUUAUGAUCAUCUAGUCUGACCUCCUGCACAAUAUAGGCCACAGAAUCUCACUCACCCACUCUUGUAAUAAACCCCUAACCUAUGUCUGAACUAUUGAAGUUCUCAAAUAAUGCUUUAAAGAUUUUAAGGUGAAGAGAAUCCUCCAGCAAGUGAACCGUGCCCUAUACAGCAGAGGGAGGUGAAACACCCCCCAGGGACUCUGCCAAUCUGCCCUGGAGGAAAAUUUCUUCCUGAGCCCAAAUAUGGUGAUCAGCUAGACCCUGAGCGUGUGGACAAGACUCACCUCAACCAAUAAGAGCAGCACUGGGCAGCGCGGGUCUGUAACAGGGAAAGGAGAGUGCUUUCCCCCGGGCUGCAGAGUCUGGGGCUUAGCCAAACUGAUUACAGACUGAGUCCUACCUCAGAGGGACCAAGUAUUGGCUCCAAAAGAACCAGAUUUUAGCGGUGAUAAAGCCUAACUGGGCUAUGAACUGGAAUGAGAACUAGGUAGGAAGUUGAAAGCAGCAAAGAAAGCCUAGAAGGGAACUUGAGAAGAGAGGUAGGAUGUGCCCAGAGAAACCUGCAGCAAAGAGAAAAGAGCAGCCCUAACUGUUGAGUACAGAGGCCUGGGCUGCUACCAGUGUCAGGGUGGGAGCGGGUUCAUCUACUGGCCCCAAAGAAGGGGGCAUACACACACCCAGAGAGGGUUACCAAGCCCAGCAAAGGAGCUGCAGGCUGAGCCAGAGCCCCAGCAAGAGCAGAAGAACAUUUUUUCUGGGAAGACCUCUUUGGACUUUCAGUGUGUGACAAGCUGAGCCCCAGAAGCAUGGACUAAAGGUGGUGAGCCGGCCAGAGGGCUGAAUUACCAGGCAGAGAGACUGCCAUGCUGCUUAAGUGACCAUCAGUGGAGGACCAGAGGGCACCUAACAAUGAGUAGAUUAAUUUAUUAUUGGCAUAGUCAGUAGGAUUGAAUUCCCCCUGUCAUCUGUGAGGGCUCAUGCAAGUCUUGGUUACUGAAGGAAGGUCCGUCCCCCCAAGUAGGAUUUCCCAUUUGAGUUCCUCUGGCCUCUCUCCCUCCACCUCUUACCAGGUCUACCCACAAGUGAGCUUUCCUGCUCCCUUUUAAAUCCUUCCCCCAGUCUGUGCUUGCCCUGCCCCCAGGAGUGUUGGGGUGGGGCUGGCUGAGGCCAGAGCAGCUCCUUAACCCCUUGUUGCCCUGUUACAAGAGGUAAGAAAUAAGAUCCUCCCUUCCCCAAUUGCUCGGGGGAAUCCUCUCAGAGCAAUCAGUGUAGGGCUUUAUGCCUCUCUACAAACUGAUCCCUUUACGUGGUGUGUCAAGAAGCUGCACACCCCUUGGCAGCUUUGUUUAGAGCAAUAUUAACUGCCACAGGGAUUUCUGCUCUCAAUGUGCCAGCCCUAGGUGACCAGAUAGCAACUGUGAAAAAACGGGACAGGGGAUGGGGAGUAACUGGCACCUAUAUAAGAAAAAGUCCCCAAAACGGGACUCUCCCUAUAAAAAGGGGACAUCUGGUCACCCUAGCCAGCCCUGCAGGAAGGAUUCUGUGAAAAGUGGGCAUUUCCUUUGCUCCAAUCUGGGCUCUGCAGUUCUGAUGCUGCAGAGCUGAUACGGAAGGCUGGAGGGUUCCUGGAGAGCAUGCUGCAGCACCAGCAAUCCCAUGCUGCCAUGG